AACCCGUCUCACCUGCACAGAUUAAUACCUGUUUCGGCGGUUCGCAUAUCUAAUUGUUGUGUUAAAAACGCCCACGCAACGGAGGCGUGCGCACGCGCAACGCGCUGAGUAGCCUACGCGCCGACAUUUGAACAGCGGCCGAUCCACAGCCAAGUUGCUCUCGUAACAGAAGAGCUGGUCGCCGUCCGAGCGAAUUGUAGUGUGCCGCGACGCGAGUUUCUACUGUUUUGUGUGGUACAGGAAUAGCAAGCCGGUUUGGCUGACUUUGCGGAAUCGGAUUAUCGCCACGUAGGACUCAAUCAAUAUGUCAACGUUAGAGAGAAAGGAGUAUCAGGAAACGAAGAUAAUGAGAACAGUUUCUCCUGUCCGUAACUACAGCUCGAAUCAAAAUUUGUCGCAGUUCGAUAGCAAUCUAGAUUACUUAUUGGAAGACUUGCAAAAUUCCGUUUCGCGCCCUGGUAGUUCCCUGGGUCAACACAGCUCGAAUACAUACAGGGAAUCCUCAAGGUCAGGCAAUGCCUUGGAGUCGAACAGAAGCAACUCGCUGAGCAGGAUGGUCAAUACGAAAUCCAGCAAUCCCGUUACCGAAUAUUCCUCUGACGACGCUUACAACUACAAGAGUCCUGAUGGAAGACAGCAAAUCAGCGGGUACAAAAAAGAGAAAUACAUGUAUUCAACCACUACUAAUGGUGAUAUUUUGCCCGAAAAAACAAGAAUGCAGAACAGCAUCAAUCAACUAGAUACUCUCUUGGAUGAUUUGCAGCAAGUCAAAAAAUCAUCUUUCUCAGAAAAAGAAUCCUAUAAUAGUCCUGGCGCCGAUCCAGCUUUUCAUACUACUUCCAGCAAAAAUGUAAACAGGGAAUUACACUAUGGAGAUACCCCUAGGCCUAGUUCAAGAAGCCACACUUUUGAAAGAUCGGAACGGGAGGCGUCACUCAAACGUGAAUUACAGUACAACAGUGAAGGUACUGCUUACCCCGACACCCGCCCUCUCCGCACCCUCUCGCCUUCCCCGACUUCAAAAACGUCCACGCUGACCAAGCAAACGAAAGUCAAAAACGUCCACGAGUACCCGAUUGAAGUAUCCGAAACGGUCGUGCCGGACAUCGACCCCGAAGUCCUGGCUCACUUGGACCCGAAUCUCCGUCCCCCGGGCAACACCAAAGUCACGACCACUAUCAAAACAUACACCUACGAGAUACCUGGCUCGGGGGACUUCCCUGCAGCCAGCGACGAGAAGUACGUCUACUCCCCAAAUCAGUCGAUCAGCACACCCAGCAAGAGUUUCGUUUACAACAAGAUGGAGAAUAAGGAAAAUGUUGUCUAUCAGCAGGACCCUUACAAUUACCCGCCGUACCAAAAGCCCAGUCCACCAGGGGGCGUUGUGGUUAAGGAGACAGUGACCACGAGGAACUACCAACCGGGUUACAGGCCGGAGCUGAACCCUCCCACUAACCAGACUUAUGUCUACAACGAAACGAAUACCACGAAGAAUAUUACCCACAAUGGUCAUCCUCAGCCGCCUCCAAUGCCAAGAAAGGACACCUACAUCGUGAAAGAGCAUACCACCACGAAUAUCAACAAGACCGAUCAUCCUCGUGGACAUUCCCAACCUCAUGACGGAUAUCCUCCCAAGAAUGACGGCUAUCCAUCGCCGGAUGAGAAUAAUCCCCCUGGCAGAAAAACAUACAUAUACAAAGAAACCCACAACACAGUAAAUAGGACCGAACCGCCAUUUUCUGAAAGAGGAUAUCCCGUUUACAAUCCACCAGAUAAUAGCAGAGGAAACCCCCCUAGCACGACAUACAUCAUCAAAGAAACCCACAACACGACCACGAACCGCACGGGUUCCCCUUACCAAAACGGUUACCCCCCGAACGAACCCCCGAAAACAAUCAUUUACCAACACGAAACGCACACAACCAACAACUCUUACGGCCCCGGAGGUCCCAACAGGCCCAAAACUCCCAACGAGGUGGAGACGUUCGACCCGAACAAUCCUCCAUCGGGAUAUGGGUUUAAGCCCAAGCCCAAGGAGCCCAUAAACAUCCAUUACUCGUACAAAUCCACGAAUACGACGCAAAAUAGCUACAAAGGGGGGUAUCCGCCGAAUGAGGAGAGCCAGCAUUUGUUGCCGCAGAAGUUCCCAACAGACGAUGGGCCUGAUGGACCACCGAAGAGGCUGGACGAGCUCAUGGCUACAAUAGGAAACGAGCCGCCGAACAGUCCCCUCAACGCAGGAUUCACAGCCCACGAGCAGGAGAAAGCCCAACAGAAAAAAAUUGACACCCUAAAGAGGCAAGCUGCAGAAGUGGACGAUACGCAGAAGAAAGAACCAGCAGUGAAAACUAAGAACGUAUCCGGCCCCCCUGUAUAUUAUCCCCCCGGUCACGAAAUGUUCGCAAAGAAGGAAGAAAGUGAAGCUGCCUGGCGGGCACAAGGUGGAUACGCGAGAGCCUCUGGGAAGUACCAAUACGAAGCCGAAAGCAGAAGCAAAUCGAAAAGCAGUAGCGGAGCCACCGUUGUUCCAGUUUGCCUGCCACUGUGCUGUGGAUUGCCUUGCGUACUAUUAUAAGCAAUUACAUAUUUAUCUCAGCUCAAAUUUCAUAUUCAUAAUAUACUAAGAAUUCUCAAGUGCCUUAUUUAAUUUGUCGAUGUAAGUAAUCAUACUCGCACCAAGUUUCAGAAGUGGGAUAUAUUAUGUCGAUGAACCUCAUUUAAAAUGCUAUUUUAUUUAUUGGUUAGGGAUACAAAUGGUUCAACAACAAAGUGUUUGUUUCAACAUUCCAGGGAAUCUUCAAUAAUUUGAAGUUUCAGGUGGAACGACUCUCGAAGGUUUUUUCUGGGAGGUUAGAAACAUCUACAAGUAAGCUCUCUUUUAUCAUUUAAAGCAGAAUAUUCAGAAAAUCCAGUCAUUCAAUCACUUACUCCUCCGAUUAUAAAAAGUACUUUUUACAUCAGAAAAACCUGUAUGAACAUCUUCAAAAGAUCAUCUCCAAGAUUUGUAAAGAGGAAACUAAAGAGUUACAACUCUAGUGACGUCAAACAUGUUUGAACGGUCAGAGUCACAAAUAAAUAUUGCUGUUCCAUUAAUUAUUUUUCUUCUGAAGCAUUUUUCAACAUAGGACUUCCUUAGUUUUUAUUUUGGUCCCACGUUGGGCGCCAAAAAUAUUUUUGCAAGUUGCAAAAAUGUCAUGUUUAAUAGGUCCUUACAAAUUCCUCAUUGAUUGCUGACUGAUUUUCAACUGGUUGAACCAUUAUGAAUGCUAUUUUAUGGAUUGCAGACUCGAAUAUUUUCAACUAUCGAGAAUUUCUAAUUUCAUAGUUCUUGAAUUGAAAUUCUCGCUUGUUUUGUAAAAAUUGUAAUAAAUUGGAAAUGUACAUAAAAUGUUUAUUUGGUAUGCAGAGCUUUAAGAAAUGUAUUUUAGCUAUGUACUAUUUUUAAUAUAAAAAUGUAAUAAAAUAAUAAAUAAGUUUAUUAAAAAUUAUAACACUCUUGCCUGUUAACCAUCAAAAACACCUGUGUCUAACUCAACAUGUAUUUUAAUACGAAAUAAAUAUUAAACAGUGCCUAUUUGGAA